AUGGCGGGGCCGGCGGGCGAUGCGGACCUGCGGCACCUCCUGAAGCUGCACCGUACCGAGAUCGCCAUGGCAGUGGACGACGUGUUCCCGCUGCUGCACGGCCUGGCCGACCACGACGUUGUCCCCGAGCACAUCUUCAAGGAGACGCUGAGCCGGACGGAGCAGGAGGGCUCCCACCGCGCUUUCCACGCAUUGCUCACGUGGCUCCUGGGCCGUGAUGCUGCUGCCAUCCGCGACUUCUGGGCCGUCCUUUUCAAGGACUACAACCUGGAGAGGUACACGCGGCUCCGACCCCUCCGAGGCGCCUUCCCCAGAGAGGUGGAGCUGGGCCGGCAGCGCCGCGGCAGACGCCUCUCCCCCAGCCCCACCGCCCCACACAGACCCCAAGGCAAGAGGAAAGUCCCCGAGGAGCGGGACAGGGCCCAUGUGAUGAAGCCCUCCCCGAGGCAUGCUGCCAGCCCUGGGCCCCCGGCAAAGGCGAGGCCUGUGAAGAAGCUGGAGGGCACAGGUGCCCCCCGUGCCCCUCGAGCCAGCGCCCUCCAGGCAGUGGCCACCUCGGUGCAGAGAGCAGUGGCUGUGGCAGGCGGCGAGGUGCCUGUCACCCGCGGGGCAGUCGAGGGCAUCCUCAUCAAACACGUGCUAGAGACGGGCAGCUCUAAGACGGGUAGCAAAGCCGAGGAGGAGCCGUACGCUCCAGCUGUCUGCGAGGAGCCUGAGGCCAGGAGCAGAAGCCGCAGCCUGAAGCCCCCCACCCGACCAAAGACAUCUCAAAACGUACAGAUAUCACCCACUUUCACCCCGCUUCUGCAGCUGCCCAAGGCUGUACCGCAGAGCGGAGAGCCUCGAGUGCCAGCGCCCACCAUGCUCAGCCAGGACCCCGCACCCACCCAGGAGAAUGAGGAUGAGUGUGCGGCCUGCGGCGACGGCGGUGAGCUCAUCUGCUGUGACGGCUGCCCCAGGGCCUUCCACCUUGCCUGCCUGGUGCCCCCGCUGCCCCGCGUCCCCAGUGGGACGUGGCGGUGCAGCUCCUGUGUGGGGAGCACAGCCGAGCACCAACGGCUGCGGGAGGGGGAUUCAGCAGCAGAGCAGCCCUCUGAGGUCCAGGGGCAGGAGCCCUGUGGCACAUGGCAGGGUGGAGGCGAUGGGAGCACGUGCAGCCGCUGCUUAACCCAGAUCCAAGCACUCCGACACUGCCCUGCACCCAGCGGGGACCGUGGGGGGCUGCUGCUCUGCACAUCCUGCACAGGCACUGCAGAUGUGGACAGCCUGGUGAGCACUACAGCAGUCGGCAACCAGCCGCUACCUGCAGCAAAGGCAGCAGAUGUCUGCACCAGCAACGACCCCGUGCUGCACAGGGACGAGCUCGAUGCGCUCUUGGGUGAGGGAACCUGGGAUGGGAUCCUGCAAUGGGCCUUCCAGAGCAUGGCGCGGCCCCUCGCAGACACCCACGGCCUCUACACCUAA